AUGCCACUUUGCAAGCUCGCAGGGGUUUUCCUACUUUCCACGAGUGCUCGUACCAGAUGUGAAGAACGGCACGUUUACGGAUGGCUAGAUCAAGGUAGGGUAGGUGCGGACACUGGACAGGCUGAGCUUGGAGGAAGGAGAGAUCCGGAUUCAAAUGGGAACCCGGACGGGAUGGCACAGCUAUGUCUGAGAUAUCGUGCCUGCCUUUUCUUCCACUCUCACAAGGCACCUUCCAUUAGUCCUGAGGCUGCAAUCCCCUACUCCUCCUCGGCACCCCACGGGCACUACCUACACUACUUCGCACCCGCAGACGAUGAGUCUCUGAGAGUCGCAUGGAUUGGUGCUCCAGCCUCCAAGGCCCCCCCAUCAACAGUCAGGGUCGUGCCCACUGCAUGCCAGGCCCUGCAAGAUUGGAUUUUGAAGUUUGAACGCACCUGGGGAGCCACUAACAGUAAAAGUAACAGGCUAACAUCGCGCUAG